AUGGAUAAGUUAAAUUGUACCCUGACUGCUGUUAAGAACCUGCGCUCUAAUGUACGACAGUGCUUUGAACACUUGGCCGAUGGCACCGAUGGGGAGGGAGUGGAAGAAAGCCGAAACAAGUUUGUCCACGAUUUUCAGGAGAAAUUCGGAGCCAUAAAUUCACAAUUGCGUGAAGUGGAGCAGUUGAUCAAUGGGUUGCAAGUGCCGCCCACGGCCUACUCCCUGGGAAAUACGGCGUACCUGGCCCAGGAGACAUCCCAGGACCGGCAGGCUCUGUAUCCACAGCUGGUGAAUAGCUACAAGUGGAUCGACAAGGUGCACGAUCACAGCUUCCUGGCCUUCAACAAUCUCAACCAGAACACGCUGCGGAGGUCGUACAACUACUGCUCUCAAAAGCGCCCGCGCCUGCCGUUCUCUUCGUUCAACAAUGAUCCGGACCAUAUAGACAAACUGCUGAGCGAAAUCAACACCCCGCCGCACACCUCAUACAGAGUAUUCCGUCCGUUUGGGUCCAACGCCGUAGCGAUCGUAACCAUCAGCAAUGUACUGAAGGCGGCCAUCGUGUUUAAGGGCGUGCUCAUUGAGUGGGUGACGGUGAAGGGCUACGACGAGCCGCUCGAGCAGGAUGACCUGUGGGCGGAGUCGCGCUACGAGGUAUUCCGCAAAGUCCAGGAGCACGCCCACUCUGCCAUGCUGCACUUUUUCUCCCCUACGCUACCCGACCUGGCGGUGAAGAGCUAUGUGACCUGGCUAAAUAGCCACAUUAAGCUCUUCCUCGAACCCUGCAAACGCUGCAGCAAGUACAUAGCCAACGGCCUGCCGCCCACGUGGCGGGAUCUGCGCACUCUGGAGCCCUUCCAUGAAGAGUGUCGCAACUGCUGAAGAUUCAGAUUAAAUAUAUAUCUUUAUAAGCAUAA